GGGAAAGAAACACAGGCACAUAUUCAGGACAGCAGCUCUGGAACAACUGAGCGUGCUUACUAUGUGCUGGCUGAUGUGUUAAGAGCUUAAAGGAGGUUUUCCCAGAUCACAGGCACUGGAUUAAAUGGCAUGCUAUUCUUAUCCUUGCUUUCUAAAUGAGGAAACUGAGGCUCAGAGAGGGGAAGUGACUCCUCCAACGUCACACAGCCAGGAAGUAAUCUCAAUGACAGAGAUAUGCUUUGUGCCAGAAAGAGAGGACUGGGAAAGACUCAAAGAGAGAAAAGGGAAGAGACUCAGGAUGGGAGGGUGAAGCAGAGACCUAGAAAGAUAGAGUGGGGGAGGGAGACCCACAGAGAUGUCCUACUUCGUGUCUGACUAUGACCCCACCAUCGAGGACUCCUACACUAAGAUCUGCACAGUGGAUGGCGUCCCUGCCCGACUGGACAUCCUGGACACCGCAGGCCAGGAGGAGUUUGGCGCCAUGCGGGAGCAAUACAUGCGUGCUGGCCACGGCUUCCUGCUGGUGUUUGCCAUCAAUGACCGGCAGAGGUCCCCCGAUCUGAAGCCUCUGCCUUCAGUGCCUCCCACCACGUGGCCUACUUCGAGGCCUCUGCCAAACUGCGCCUCAACGUGGACGAGGCCUUUGAGCAGCUGGUUCGGGCAGUCCGGAAAUACCAGGAACAAGAGCUUCCAUCCUAUCCGCCCAGUGCCCCAGGCAAGAAAGAUGGGGGGUGCCCCUGCAUCCUCCUGUAGCCUGGGCGUGGGAGAAGCACCAGCACAAGCUCUUGGGACCAGCUACCCUCACACCUUGCUGAGCCUCAGUUUCUCCAUCUUGGUCUCCCAGGAUACACUACACCCCCAUCCCUACUUCCUGGCCUCCUCCGGCUGUCGCCACUGUGUGCCUUCUGCCAACGCCUCCUCUCCUGGCCCGAGCUCCUGGUGGGGGUAAGGGGCUCCUGGGUAUCCUGAUCACUGCUGUAUAUAACUUCCUUUCCCCAGAGAAAUAAAUGUCACUGCCAACA